AUGCCCCGCGCGCCGCCGGCGCCUCCCGCCCCGCCCCGCACGGCCUCACCACGCGACGUCGACCGCCUCCUUCCUCUCCCAAUCCCAUCUCCUCCUCACCCACGGCUUUCUUCGCCGUUCACUGCUCCCCUCGUUGCGACCUCGCGGGAGGCAGAGGAUGGGAGGGUGCGGCGCUCGCGGGCCGAUCUGCGCCGCCAGGACUCGCCCGACCCGCGGGACGCUCGAUCCGGUGACGCACCAGUCGCCGGUCGUCGGCCCAGCCGACCGACGACGGAGAUCGCAACACCCUGCACUAUUAUUCUGCCUCAGCUCAUCCUUCCUCGAUGUGUGCUGCCUGGGAGGGCGCGCGCUCGCCGCUCGACCAGAGCCACACGGCCAUCCGGUCAUCGUUGCACUCGCCGCCCCCUCUGCUCCUCCACCUCAACUUCGGACACACGUGUAUUUCUGUGCCCACCCCAUGCUACCAGAGGAAACCGCGUGCCAGUCUCUCUGGAUGACUUUUAUUUUCUGCUGAGGAUCACGAGUUUGCACAGUUUCAUGAUGUCAAAUUACUGCAUAUGUAGUGCUUCUUGUCAAUAG